UUUUGUUUACAAAUGUCUUUAUUUUAAUAAUUUUAUUAUUGCAAUUUUGCAAUUACACUUUACGGGUUGUGACUGAAAAAUUAAUUUAUUAAUAAUGGAGUAUGAUUAUUCUAACUCAAAUUUUAACAAUAGCAAUUUUAUGCAGCGAAAUAAUUUCCAACGUCCGACCGGGAAAUAUAAACAAAAGCUUAUGGUAUUAAAGCGAAAUAUUAGAGAAUUUGUUCAUGAAAAUGCGGCAUUGGUAGACGAAUUAGAGGAAAUCCAGAUGAAUAUAAUUAUUAAAAAAGAAGAGCGGAAGUUUCUUUUAAAGAAAUUAUGUGAAUAUGAACCUCAAGUAGCUUUAGAAGUACAGAAUGCAGCUAAAGACGGGCCUAUAAGUCGACCAAGUGUAACCCAUAUCUCCUCCAACAAUUCAGUUUCAGAAAAGAAAUCUAAAAAGAAAGUGCAUAUGAGUUCUUCAGAUAGGCGUUCUUCCAGUUUAAAGUCAAGAAAAAGUUCAUCGAAAGGCAGAAAGAAGAUUAUUCAGCCUGUUCCUGUUGAUCAUAAUGGCAAACCAAUAUUUCCUAUCGAAUUAGGCCGGCUGACAGUGCAUUCAUUGGGAGAAGUAGUUCAUACUAGGUCCGAAUUUCAUACUGAAAAUGCAAUUUAUCCAGUAGGAUAUGUUUCAACAAGGAUAUAUGGUAGUUUAAAGGAUCCAACACAGAAAUGUGUUUACACUUGCAAGAUAUCAGAUGCCAAUGAUAUACCGAGAUUUGAAAUAGCAUCUGAUGACCACUGCCCUCCAAUUACUGGCGACACUCCUGAUGUGUGCCAUUCUCUCCUUUUGCAGAGUAUUAAUGAUUCCUUAUCACUGAACGUAGUUAGUACAAGGCCGAGAGGUCACGACUUCUUUGGUCUGUCUCAUCCAACAGUUCUUCACCUCAUUCAGAGCUAUCCAGGAGUUCGAAGAUGUGCAAACUAUAAGUGGAUUAAGUUUGAAGUUUCCAAAAAUUGUGACAUGUAUACAGAUGACAACGACGCGGGAUUAAGCUAUGAAUAUUUGCAAAGAAGUAUAAACUUUUGUAAAUAUAAAAUGGCGCCCGAUGUUUUACAGAGACCUGAUGAUUUUUUAGAUUCUAAGGAUAACUUGGUACUUUUUUAAUAAAUUGUAUACAAUAA